UCAUUGAAUCUAGAUCCACAUGUCUCGUGUGUAAGUCCAUUUCAACAUCAUAUCUUGGUGAGCUUAUAAGAGUAUGUUGAAGGUUGCCUUCUAGAUGGAUGAUGCAUUGCUCCAAAGAGUGAGAAAACCAUAGGGAGACUAUCAUGCCUGAUUUUUUGUUUUUGUUCUUGAAGUAGUUUAUGAAACCUACCUACAAACAAAAAGUAAAAGAAAAAUAGACAAAGUCAGAAUAAUGUUAGAAGUCAUCCCAUAAUUUUGAAUGAUUUAGUGCUUCAACAAUUGCUAUAUGGAUUCACACAUUGUCGAUUUCCAAUCCUUAAGGAGCCUCGGAUGAAGCAAAAUAUCUUUGGACGCCUUGAGAUUUCCAUAGACUCCAAGGGCUAUAGAAAAGACACUUACAAGCAGUUCAACAUGCAUUACAAAGAUGGUCAUUCAUUACAAAGCAAAAGCCUAGUACAUCACACUAAGUACAUCAACAUGGUAGCAUUCAAGUCCUUAGUAAAAUCUGACUCCUAGAUCUCUCAAAGUAUGAUUGUUCAAUGAGUAGUUGCAUUCCUUUCCUUGGAGAAUCCCUUGAUUGUUAGAGCAACAUGAAGUGUGAUGUGCUUGAGCUUUUGAUCUUCAAGGUUGCUCUUGGUUCUUGUCCUUCUAAACUUGCCCCUCGGACUUGGCAAUUGUCCACGAUGAAGAAAAUGCUUGCAAUUGAAGAUCUCCUGAAUCCUUUGUUGGUCAAAGUUUUCUCCAUGGAUGAAUAUUUCAAAAGUGGCUUGACUGAUAAAGAUUCGCGCUUGACCAUGUAUGAAUCCAUAUCUCAAUUGUUGAAGGCAGAGAAUCUAACAAGAUUAUGGGAGUGCAUGUGGAAAGAAAUAAACAUGGAUGCCAAACAAUACAUUAAGGAUGAAGGAACAUAAAUAUACUCUAAAGUGAUAAUGUGUGUGAAGUGGUAUCCCAAAACAUGAAUUUUUCUUCAUUGAGUAUGCUAAGCAAAUUUCAACAGAGAAGCUGGCGAUUCACUGUUGCUACCCAUUAAAUUGGCAUUCAUAGGAAAUAUCAUUCUUUUGAAAAGAAAGCAAAUGCCAUGAAGCUUGAAGAAAAAAUGAAUGGUGUGAUACUUGGAGAAAAUGGAUGAUGUGAUGCUCCAAAAUCAUGUGCUCAAAUUAUUUUGAUGUCUAAAAGAUGGACUUUUCAUGAAUUU